GAUGAUGUUCCUUUAAGUUGCUUAUGCCUUGGGUCAAUUGCAAAAUAAAGCUGCUUCAGCUGCAGUUAGCAAUAUUUCAGGACUGUGGGUGAGCACCCAAUGGCUACGCAUGAAGCUGCUGAAGCUCACAGUUCCAUUGCAGGUAAGACCAUGUGAUGCUAAUAAUCCUACCUAAAAUUCCCUUUUUAUGAGUGUUGCUAAUGAGGCUUUCUUGAGCCAUUUUUUUAUAGUUCUCAUAAGGGGUCGGCAAUAAGCGCUGCUGAGCCAUGAGAUAUGAUCACUCUCUCUCACACGGAUUCUUGGAUGACUACCAUGGCUUAUGAAUGUUGCCUCUUUACUGUUUUGACGUCUUGGGUUAGUCUAAUUGGAUUCCUCAUUAUGCCACUGUUGUAGAUGAUCAAAGUGUAGUGCUGCUUGAGGAAUUUGCUAGAUAUCCUCAGCCUAUUGUCUCACAGAGCUGUGAAGUUGCUCUUAGCGUGCUGGAAUUCGAGAGAUCAGGAAAAUCGUUUGAGCUAAUGAUUGUAUCAUCAAAGGAAUAAAAACACUUUUUGGUGGCUGGUGUCUUGCCAGAAGACAAAUAUCAAAAGAAAGGAAGUUGCGAAUUUGUUGUACCUUUUGUUUAUAACGGGAAAGAAAGGGAACAAUCCAACACAUUUGCAUUACACAAACUCUUCAAACGGGUUAAGAUGCAGUUCUUGCUGAAUGUGAGGUCUCAUCACAAGAGAUAAGGGUUGUAAUGGAUGUUUAUAUAUGCUUAGGCGAAGUCUCUUCCAUGGCGUCAUCUGGCUCUGGCACUGCCACUGGAACCAGCUCCCCUUGUGGUGCAUGCAAGUUUCUGAGACGAAAAUGUGCCUCUGACUGUAUUUUUGCGCCUUAUUUCUGUUCAGAACAAGGCCCUGCAAGGUUUGCAGCCAUUCAUAAAGUUUUUGGUGCCAGCAAUGUGUCCAAAUUAUUGUUGCAUAUCCCAGCUCAUGAUCGUUGUGAGGCGGUUGUCACUAUUGCUUAUGAAGCUCAAGCAAGGAUAAGAGAUCCUGUUUAUGGUUGCGUUGCUCAUAUUUUCGCCUUGCAACAACAGGUGGCAUGCCUGCAAACUCAAUUAAUGCAAGUCAAAGCUCAAAUAAAUGCUAUGAAUUCACAUAACAUACAGAGUCAGUGGCACGGAAACCUUUCUGGUGUCCCUUCCAUUCCAACUUAUCCAAGCUACAUAAAUCCAAUCUCCCCACAAAGCUCACUUGAGUCGAUUGAACUCAACAGUGCUGAUAGCAUGAAUAUGCAAGAAAUACAAAGCAGAGAGGAGUUUUCUUUCCAAGGUUAUCCUAAGAAGAGACCAUAUAAUAGUGAUUUGGGUGAACUACAAGCACUUGCCCUUAGAAUGAUGAGGAACUAA